AUGAAGGCUGAUAUAAAUGGUGAUAAAUUGUUAGUUACGGAAUGGACUGGAGACGAAACGGAGGGUGUUUCGGCUCUGAUACCAGAUGAUGUAAAUCAAAGCGUCGCUGCCGCCCGGUAUGUGAACAAUGACCACGACUGGAUCGAAAAGCAACGUGGGAUUCUAAUAGUGGCUGCUUUAGUGGUGGCAGGGAUGUCGUUCCACUCGGGGAUCAACCCUCCUGGCGGUACUAUUACAGACACACAAAACGGUCGAUAUUCGCUUGGAAACGCAGUUCAAACAGAAGUGGACAUGGAUAACUGGAACAAGUUUGUAGCGUUUAAUUCGUUAAUGAUGAUAACUUCACUGGCCAUAGCUGUUGUGCUGAUCAGUGGACUUCCAUUAAGGAACAAGUUCUUGAUGUGGGUGCUUACGGUUGGAACAUUGUCCGCUAUGGUGUCGAUGGUGGCUACUUAUUUGCAUUCAUUGGCUAUGAUGGCACCGGAUAUGUAUGUGAAUGUGACGAGUGUUUGGAUUUGUUUGAUUUGGAUGUUGGGUUGUGGGGUGAUCGCGUUGAUUCAUACGAUCUUUUUCGUUGUUUGGGUGGUGAUGAAGCUGUUAAAGCACGGGAUGCAGGAGACUGAUAGAAAAGGGAACCAGGAUGCUGCAGGUGAAUGA